AUGUUAACCAAAGCAGACGGAAAAUUAACAAAAGACAAUUUUACUCUUAUGUUUCUCGAUGAUGAAUUUGGCUCUAUUUGGUCAACACAUCAAUGGGCGGACAAAGACAAAAAAUUAAAAAUUAAAAUGAUCGAUCAUUUUUGGAAAGCAUUUGAUACGGAUUCGAGUGAGAUAGUCGAUUUUGAUGAGCUUAUAACCACUUUGGCUAAAUUGAGUUCGAAAGCUUUAUCAGAGGAAUUUGGUCAAUUUUAUGGGUAUAUCAUGCUGGAAAAAAAUAACCGAACAGCUGUUCAUUGUGGAAAAAGCAAUACUGAUGCAACAGUUUAUGGUAAAAAAUUAUAUUCAAAUGGUAUUCAUCGAAUAAGAAUUAAAAUUGAGAAAUUGAACGGUAAUGCAUGGGUGUCCGGUAUCAGUUGGAUUUUCCUUGGAAUUAUAUCAUCCAAAACACAAAAGAAAGAAGAUUCUUAUCUAGUAACAUCUGCAAAUGGAUGGGGUGGUCGUUGUGGCAUGCUUUACACAUCAGUUUAUGUGAAUGGUAUUUAUUCCCCAUCUUAUGGUGGUUUUGAUGGUGAUAUUGCUGAAAAGGAUACAAUAGAAUUAAUUCUUAAUUGUAAUGAAAACAAAAUUCAAUUAUUUAAUGAGCGUUCAAAAAAUACAUUUGAAAUCGCAGUUGAUAUCAACAGAUGUCCAUUUCCAUGGCAAUUACAAGUUAAUUUUGUCCCACGUGGACAGUCUCAUGACUCGUCCUCAUUGUCUACACUGUUAAAAAUGUUUACGUCAGAUAAUGUUCGAAUGAGUGGAAAUAUAUCAUUAUAA